ACACGCCGGCUACGUAAUUUCCGGCCUUCAUUAACGGUUAGAGCGUAAGCGCUAGCAAGGAGACAGCCCAGUUGAAAGCCACGUUUUGGGAAAUAACAGCUCUUAAACUGUCUGUAACGGAGCGUGGAUACAGAUUUUUGUUAACUUGGUCGUAAUGGAUGUUGUCUGUACAAUAACUGCGUAAAUCGUAAAAGAAAGUGUUGAAGCCAAAAGAAGAGCACGUUGUCUCCGUUGUCAGACAGUGGGUUAGUUAAGUGUAGCGGUCGGAGUUGAAAAGCUAACUGGCUUUAGCACAGAAACCUUUUCAUCUCGUACUCAGGAUGCCAUGCCACAACCAGCAGCUGAACAAUGUCAGCAGUGGCCAGGAACACCCAAUGAAGCAAGUACGGUUUGCAAACAGCAGCAGCAGUGUGCCCGCAGUAUUGACCAACUCUGAAUCAAGUGAUGUCUCCGCACAAGCUGUCAACCAAGAUAACCUGGGAUCUCAACUUAAACUGCUUCCUCUGAACGACCAGAUCCGUGAAUUACAGACAAUAAUCAGAGACAAGACAACCAGCAGAGGAGAUUUUGUUUUCUGCGCAGACCGAUUGAUCCGACUAGUAGUUGAAGAAGGCUUGAAUCAGCUUCCCUACUCGGAGUGCACCGUGACCACUCCAACAGGGUACAAGUAUGAUGGUGUUAAAUUUGAAAGAGGCAACUGUGGGGUUAGCAUUAUGAGGAGUGGUGAGGCUAUGGAGCAAGGUCUCAGGGAUUGCUGCCGCUCUAUCCGCAUCGGAAAGAUCCUCAUCCAAAGCGAUGAGGAGACACAGAAAGCAAAGGUCUACUAUGCUAAGUUCCCCCCUGAUGUGUACAGAAGAAAAGUGCUGCUCAUGUACCCCAUACUAAGUACAGGGAACACUGUAAUUGAAGCGGUGAGGGUGCUGAUAGAGCAUGGAGUCCAGCCCAGACAUAUUAUACUUCUCAGCCUGUUCUCCACACCUCAUGGAGCAAAAUCUAUCAUCCAGGAGUUUCCAGAUAUCACUAUCUUGACAACAGAGGUUCAUCCAGUGGCUCCAACGCAUUUUGGACAAAGGUAUUUUGGCACAGACUAAACCGAGGACAACCUGAGGAACAUGAUCAGCAAAAUGCUUUGGGUAUAUGGUUUUUUUUUUUGUAUACUUUGUCUUGUAUUUCAUGUUCUCCUUGUUGUGCCAAAUACUGCUACUUAACAAAUUUCCUAAACUGUCAAAAUUAUUAAUGUGAUUGUUUAUAUUUAUCGCUUUUCUGCUGUGUAUGCUCAUGUUGUAGAACAGAAACUGCAGAGUUAGACAUGGAUAAUUUUAUUUUGCAUGUUACAACAACUGAUGGAUCAAUAAAGAAUUUAUAUUUGUUUACAGACAAAACAACAAAUCAAAGUGUGUCAGUAUUUUUGGUAAAAAAAAAA